GUUUCAAUAAUUUUAUAGAAACUGUAAAAGAGAGGUUAAGUGUCAACAAAACAGCGCGCCGUUUAGACGGCAAAAUACUUUUUUCAGUUUUUGCAUCAUAUUUCUAAAUGAAUAGUGAAAAGAGAAAUGCCCGGGGCCGUGGCCGGGGUAGAGGCCGCGGCCGGGGUCGCGGAAGAGGCCGUGGUCGCGGCAAGAAAGUGCCGAAGGUGAUGUCUUCUGAUGAAGAAGAGUGUUCUGUUGAAGAAAGUUCACAAGACCAGGAGGAGUCCUUAACUACUGAGGAGGCAAAGGAAGAGGUUGAACAAGCCGAACCCCCUAAACUGGAAGUCCCUUCCGACAUAUCACAACUAGAAGCCCCAGUAUUCACAACACUGCAACGUGGCCCGCCAGAGCCUAUGCUGCGCUUGGACUGGGACCACCGUGCAGCACUCAUUGGGGAAAAAGUCCUGAACCCUAUGAUAUACUGCUGUGAUAUCUGCUCAAAGCCUAUACUUAUAUAUGGUAGAAUGAUACCAUGCAAGCACGUGUUUUGCCUUUCUUGCGCGCGAGCAGACCACACACACUGUCCACGGUGUAGGGAAAAGGUUCUGCGCGUGGAGCAGACCGGUCUCGGCACGGUGUUCAUGUGCACGCACUCGGGCACGCGGUACGGGAACACGGGCUGCCGGCGGACAUACCUCUCUCAGAGGGACCUGCAGGCGCAUAUCAACCACCGGCACGUGUCGGGCUCCGAACCGCACGCCGCCGCCGACGCCGCCAGCGUCGCCAUCGUCAAACCCAUCUCCGUCGGAAGCGGGGUUGGGGUGUCCAACGACCCGCGGCACGCGGUGUCGACGCGGCGGAACCUCAUCACGGUGCCCAUUCAGGACCCGGACCCUAAUUAUUACAAUUAUUAUCCGCAGCCCGUGGCACCGGUAGUGGCGGGUGUGGGCGCCGGCGCGGCGGGUGCGGGCAGCGGCGUGCUGGCGCACAACAUGAGCGUGCCGCCGCCGCAGUACUACGCGCCCGGCGCAUACCCGCCCUCAUACUCGCAACCGCAACCAGGCGGCAGCCUGGCGGCGGCGGGCUCGCCGGCGCCCGAGCGCUGGCCAGAGGGGUACGCGCCCGCCUGGCCGCCGCACUACUACCGGUAG